UGGGCCUUCGGUAAAAUUGAUUUUACCGAAGGAAUAUAACCGUCGGUACAAGGUUCGACUCGACUUUAUGAAAUUAGAAUUUGGGUAUCUCAUUCUCCCAAAUUUUGUCUUCGUUACAAGUUCUCCAUGCAAAGAGCAAGCAACAGUCGACCUUUAAUCCUCUCAGAAGGCAAGAUCGAGUCUGCUGCCGCGGUCCUCCUGCACUCCCUCGCCUACCUCCCGCGUGCCGCCCAGCGCCGCCUCCAUUCCUACCACCUCAUCCUCUGCCUCGGCUCUGGCGACCACGCCGUCGACUCCGCCCUUUCCGCUGACCUCGGCCUUCGCCUCGUCCACGUCGACACCUCGCGUGCCGAGGAGAUCGCAGACACCGUCAUGGCACUCUUCCUCGGCCUCCUCCACCGCACGCACCUCGUCUCCCACCGCACGGACCUCGUCUCCCGCCACGUGCUCUCCGCCUCCAGCUGGCUCGGCUCCGUCCAGCCUCUCUGCCGUGGGAUGCGCCGCUGUCGCGGCCUUGUUCUCAGCAUCGUCGGAAUCUCUGGCUUGGCUAGCCGAAGCAGAUUCAUGAGAUUAAAGACUUCCUCCUCACUGCAAGGAGGAAGGAUGCACGCUCUGUGAAAAUCAAGAGGAGCAAAGAUGUGGUAAAGUUUAAGGUUCGGUGCUC